AUGUCAUCGCAAUCAUCUGCUUUUUCAGCUGCCCAAGCAAUUCCAUCUGCAACCACCACGCCCGAGCCUGUCAAGCACCAGCAACAGCGUCAAGCAUCCCUCCUCACCCCGCAGACGGCGCCUGCUUCGCCUACUCUGCGCGCAACACUGGCUCCCGAUGCCACCGCAAUGCCAACGUCUGCGUCCGACUCGGCUCUCGUCCCUGCGGGCGCUCAAACACAAGCGUUGACAGACGCAGCUGUACCAGCAGCUUACGUGGCGCCACCCAUCCCGUCGAGCAUCAAGACUUCCUUUGCUGCGUGGUGGAAAGCGAAUCCGGUACAGGACGCUGCUCAGGCUGAACUUCACCUAUACCGCUCCACCGGCUACUUUGACGGCGCUUCGGUCGGUAACGUUGUUUGCGAGAAUGAAGAGCUGCGCGACGGCAAGGGUCUUGCUAACGGACUCGAAUGGGCUCGUCGAGCUAGUAGCACCCCCAAAAAUGACGACAGCACCACGUCGACUUCUUCGCUUGCAUCACUCUUUCAUACACCCAAAUUUUGGCCGUUUCAUCGCAGCAAGGAGCCUUCCACCAUGACCAUCGGUCUUACGCCAGCUGCCGACGGCAAAGUAGGCUGUAUCCGUCUAGUCGAUAUCGGCUCGUCCACCAGCACCACCGCUAAUGCGUCUACCAGCAACACAGCAUCCACCUCACAUUCCGCCUCUCCGGCCGUGGUAACUACGUCAGACAACCGUCUCGCACUCCCUCUAGAUGCGCCUUUGGACGAGCCUCUGCUCAACGACAACCUCGAACUGACGCAGACACCGCACGACGGCGUCAAACUUUAUACGCCUCCGUCAGGACGUAAGCUCAACAUGCUCGAAAUCGGCCUACCGUACUCCAAAGACAAGGAAGAGACCAUCAAGAACGAGACCAAAAUUGUGCUCGCACACGGCUAUGGUGCUGGCAGCGCCUUCUUUUUUCAAAACAUCAAGUCGAUGGCCCAAGUGCCCAACUCGCGCCUGUAUGUGCUCGACUGGUUAGGCAUGGGUCGAUCGUCGCGACCCACCUUCCACAUUCCUUCGAGUGAGACCAAGAACAUAGAUACGCGCGUGGCAGCCGCCGAGAGCUUUUUCGUCAACAGUCUCGAGGAUUGGCGAAGCAAGAUGGGUCUCGAAAAGAUGGUCUUGGUGGGUCACAGUCUGGGGGGAUAUCUAUCGCUGGCGUAUGCGCUUCGUUACCCUUCGCGCGUCGAAAGGCUGGUGCUCGUCAGCCCCGUCGGCAUUCCUACAGCGCCUCCUGAAGAUGAUGUGUCGGCCAACAGCACAUUCAAGCCCAAGAACCGGAGUGCAGUGGAGCAAGAAGUGCAACAACCACAGCAAAAUGUGGCGCCACGCUCUGUCGCGCAAGAGCUCAAGGACACAAGCACCGUCAACGACAUGGCGCGAAUGGCUGCGCACAACCGCGCAGGUGGCAUCAUCGAAGGCGAUAGCAGCGACACAUUGCGCACUCGGCAAACCCUGACACGCUCCGAGACGAGCGAGACGGUGGACUCGGCCAAGGUGCCUCGUUCGGGUCAGUCUAGUCAACCUGAGAAGGGCUCGCACGAGCCUCCGAGGCUUUCGAAACGCUUGCGGUCCGUGUUUGGUUACCUGUGGGAGCAGAACGUGUCGCCCUUUGGUAUCCUGCGUGGAUCGCUGUUCCUUGGGCCAAUGAUGGCCGGGCGGUAUACGUCUCGACGAUUUGGCGCGUUGCCAGAUGACGAGCUGCGCUCGCUUCACGCAUACUGCCAGAGCAUCUUUCUGAGCAAAGGUUCGGGCGAGUACUGCCUCGCGCACAUUCUGGCGCCAGGUGCAUAUGCGCGUCGACCCAUGGUGGACCGCAUCGAGCGACUCAAGAUGCCCAUGAGCUUUUUGUACGGCGAGCACGACUGGAUGGACGUACGUGGCGGCAAGGAGGCGGUCAAGCGUCUGCGCAAGCAGGGCAAUACCAAGACCAACUGCUUUGUCGUGCCAAACAGCGGCCACCACAUCUAUCUGGACAACCCGAGCCCGUACAACUCUCUGAUCGCUAGGAUAUUGCGUGGCGAAGUUGAUGCUUCUGGCAAGUGA